UAUUGUACUAUCAAGACCGUUUGAAAAAUUGUGUUAAAUUCCCAGGUACCUAUGACGUGUUUCAUAACCGUGAUAUUACGUUUAUAGGUAGACAAGCCGAAAUAUUAUACGACGCUGUGCGUGUACGCCAAAUACGCGGCAGUUCGAGUGCUGGACCGACCACUGUGCAGAGUUUAGCCGAUCGAUCGAUCACAAUUAUCCGGAAACGCCGUCACCAUCAUCAUGCAGGACUCGCCGUCCACGAAUAUACAUUACUCCACUCACACGUCAAACUAUUCGUUCACGCUUUUCAAGGAAUUGAGCGCUUCCGUCGAGGGCAAUGUGUUCGUUUCCACGUACAGCGUGCAAUUUUUGUUGUUGCUUCUGGCAUUCGGUUCUAAGUCCAAGACUGGCGAUCAGCUCAAGACCCUGUUGCGCUUGCCACCAAGGGUUGUGCCGAAUUACGACAAUAUCAAGUCGGUCAUAACGAACAUUGAAGACCCUGACUAUUUAACCAUUGCCAAUGGCGUUUUCACGGAUAUGGCGUUCGUUUUGAGAAACGAUUACGUGGAAAAGGCUCGUCUCUACAUGAAUUCCGAAGUGAAGAGUCUCGAUUUCGCUGGAAACCCUGAAAACGAAGAAUUGGAAAUCAACAAGUGGGUUGAACAUAAGACCAACGGAAAGAUUUCCAAUAUUUUCGAAACAGGUACAAUUGACAGGGAUACGGUGUUGGUUUUGGCGUCGGCCGUAUACUUUCGAAACGCGUGGAAAAAUCAAUUCACGGAUACGAUGAACGCGAGUUUCUGCCUCACGCCUUCGAAGCAUAUCGAUGUCGAAAUGAUGCGCCAAAGAGGACAUUUCAGAUACUACAAGGACGACAGUUACAACUUUUCUGCCAUCGAACUGCCGUACAAAGGAGGUGGUUUCGAAAUGCUGGUAAUUCUGCCGGACAAGGCGGACGGCUUGAAAGAUUUGGAAAACGAGUUUUUGAAGAACUCCAAAAACUUCGCGUACUUGCAGGGUAAUCUGACCGUCCACGAUGUCACGGUAGAUGUGCCGAAGUUUAAGUUCGAAUCCGACGUCAGUCUCGUAGAAACAUUGGAAAAAUUGGGCUGUACCGAGAUGUUCACGUCGAGUGCCGAUUUCUCUUACAUUAGUACAUCUGGAGCGGGUAAGCUUAAAGUUAGUGACAUCAAACAUAAGGCCUUUGUAAACAUCGACGAAAACGGCACCGAAGCCACAGGCGUCACUGGUUACGGUUUGAAAUAUAGAAUGUCGGAAAACAGACCAAGCGACAUUAAGGCCGUUAAGUUCCACGCGUGCCAUCCGUUUAUGUUCAUAAUAAAAAAAAACACAAAUAUAAUUUUUAUGGGUAGAUUGUCCAACCCGAACGCUUAGUGAAUAUAUUAUAAUGUACGCACAUGAAUAUUAAUUUUAAUAUAUAUUUAUUYGACACCAGUUUAUAGUAUGUAUAUUGUAUUUAAAUAUAUUUUGGUAUUUUAUUAGUUAUAAGUAUUUAAUAACGAGUAAUAUAGCUUAUAACAAUAUCCCAUUUAACAUGCAUAACAGAUAUCUAUACUUAAUAAUAGAUCAUCUAAAAUUAAUAAAUUACAAUAAUUGUUUGUAAGUAUAAUAUGUCAUGUAUAGCCUGUAACAAC